CACCGGCCGGCACCUCUGCCUGCUGCUGCUCACCGGCGCCCUCUAUUCCCUCCCGAUCCCACUCCUCCCACUCCCCGGCGUCGACUGGCGCACACCACAUCGCGCACUCGCCUCCUCUCACACACCUGCGCCCGCGGCUGGCGCUGCUCUCUCCGCUGCAGAGCCCUCAUCACGCCUGCUGCGCCGUCGGCGUACUAUUUGCCGCCCGCGCGCGCCUGCUGCUGCUGCGUGCGCCAGUCAGCGGCCCGCCUGGCCCACCACCACCCGGCCGAUCCUGCCGUUGGCGUCGUCCUCUGCACCUCACUUGCAGCACCACUCGCACGCUGCUUGAGGCCGCUGCUAGUUGUGCCACUCGCGCUCCACGUCUCUGCGCCACCUUCUCCACGCCCUCACCCUCCAGUCACACCCCCUCGUGACCCUGCCGCAUCUUCGCCGCCUCAUGGACACCUCUGCGCCGUCCGACCAAGGCGGCGGCCCGCGGGUGCACCACGCACCGCCGCACCUGCAGACGCGCCCCUCGCCGACGUCGGCCAGCAGCGCAGCCGACGUGCGCGCCGCCUCCGUGUCCUCGUCGGGCGCCGCGGCCAGCAGCAGUGCCGGCUCCAGCAUGGCCGCCGGCACGUCUGCCGGCUCGUCGAGCACGAGCGGCGCCUCGCCACGCCCGCACAAGCGGAAGAUGUCGCACGGCACCUGUGCUGCGGCCGCGGCCGCUGCGGCUGCCUCUGGCGCCACGCCGUCAUUGCCAGCCGACGAGAUCGCGGCGACGGGCCGAGAUGCGUUCGACGAGCACCAGCAUGGUGACCAGUCGACGUCGUCGUCCGCUUCGUCGCCGUCCUACGGGCGCCGUGCCUCGGAGCAGGGGCACGAGCAGGACGAAGCGGCCGCGUGCGAUGGCAGCCUGGACCACAUGAUGGCGCAGCCAGAGGCCGAUGGCUCUGCGAGUGCGCUACACGAUGCAUACGCCGUGUCCGCCGGCGCAGACAUCGACCAGAAGCCUGCAGGUGCGGCGGUGUCCGAACACGGCUCGCCUCUGAGCCACCAUCGCUGCCUUCCCAGCCCGUCAACGCUUGGGCCGCUCGAGGCGCCCGAUGCAGUAGACCACCGCGAUCCACGAAGCUCCGAUGCCUUCUUUGACCGCUUGCACGCUGUCGAGCCCACUGCUUCCUCGUCUCGCGCACCGCUGCUGGACGCCGACGCACACGAGCGGCGCAUGCUGCCAGGCGCCCGCGACGCAGCGGCACCGACCACUCCGAUGUUCUCGUCGUUCUUCCUCACCGCACCGCACUCCUCUUCGCCGUCGUUUCCUGCUCCUCCAGCCAUGGCCAGUGCCGGGCCGAGCAGCCCGUUGCUCGUCAAGGCUGCGCCGCACAUCGCGGCACCUGCGUCGAAGGGUCUGCGCGCCCGCUUCCUCGACGACGAGCCGCCACCGCCCUCGCCGAGCAGAUCUGCACGGCCACCCACACCGCCACGGAGGCACGACUCGCCUGGCCGUACUGCUGGCGCCCACAUGCGCCGCAGGCACCAGGCCUCGUCGCGCCGCAUCAGCGGCGUGCGCCAUGGAGAGGAGCUGCCGGUGCUCUCGCGCCUGUCAGAGCUGCACAACUCUUCGCUCUCGGCCUUCCGUCGUUUGAGCACGGGCGACAAGGCUACCGCUGCGCUGCCUUCGGCCGGUCCGGCAUCGCACGACCCGCCCGUCGCAGCGUCUGGAGCUACGGCGCCGGCCGACCCGCAGGCCGAGUUCACGCUCUUGCCCGUGCCCGCUGCCAAGCGGCGCAAGAUCGCCUCGCCUCUGCAGUCUGUCGCCACAGCCUCGGCCUCGGACGAUGCGCCAAUGGACGGCGACGUCAGCAGCGCGGCCUCGCACCGACGACCGGAGCGCGAGAGCAGCGGCACGGACCGCAGGCAGCCAAUAAUCAUCGUCGAGGACCCUGCUGCUCGCACCGGUGCCUGCUCGUCGGCCGGCUCGUCGGCAGUCGAGCCGCGCCUGGAGCGCAGGAAUGCCGCAGCAGCCUCGCACGGCCUGAACGUACCAUCGUCUGCCUCUCGCUCCUCGCGCGGUCCGUCCGUCUUCACGAAUGCUCUCAAGACCCCUGCAGCCACCGGCGCUUUCACGGCAGCAUUCGCACCACGCGAGUCGAGCCGCAGCGGCCACCGAGCACCGGGCACAUCGAGCUCGUCACGGCGUCGCUUCCCGCGCCUACGACGCACGCAGAGCCUGCCGAACCUCAAGGCACGUCCGCUGCUCGAUCUUGCUGCGCCCGUGUCGCACCGACUGCAGCUGCCGGUGCAUCUGGCGCAGUACCUGGCCAGCAUUACUCGCUCGCAGGAGCGCAGCGCGGCUGCGGCCGACGGAUCGACGAGUCGCUCCGGCACGUCUGGCUCGAGCUCCAGCUCGCGAUCGGUCUUCACACCCCCGCUGCACCCGCCGAUCACGCGGCACACGCUUCGCGAGCUAGACUUGAGCGAGAUUCUGAAGAAUCCGCAGCUGCGGCACGACGUGGUCUUCGAUCCCAACGUCCAGUUCCGGCCCAACUUCGACGGCGAGCGCGGCCGUCGCAAGCGCGACGCCGGCGACAAGUACUGGGCAGCGGUCGCGCGCGAGAUCGAGAAGGGCUGCACAUGCACGGCCUUCGAGGGCCGGACGGCUCUGCCGUGCAACUGCCCCGCCGAGCGUGGCAGCAGCAGCUCGCGCAGCAGCGCUCGCGCCGUGCUCGACAGCAAGUCGCUGCGGACGCCCAUGCGCAGCUCCUACGUCAAGAUCCCGCCACGCAUUCCGCACCUCAUCCAGGAGCUGCGUGCGAUCUGCCUGUUGAUCCUGCCCGCCGGAUCGUCGGGCGACACGCUUAGCAACCCGACGAGCCCCGUUCCGCCGACGCCCAGCUCGGCUACUCGCCCGGCGAAGGAGAGCAAGCCGAGCACCACGAGCGCUGCUCGCCUCUCUAGCGCCGCCGCUGUCGCGCAGCCGUCGAGUCCUGGCGGCAUGUCUAGUCACCAUGCGCUGAUCAUGCAGACGCUCGACCCGGCACUCAUCACCCAGGAGCUUGCCCACGGCGUCUUGGACGUCUCUGCGCUCAUCUCCUUCCUCGGCGCCGUGCUCAAGCUGCACUGCGCGCCGAUGCGCGACGAGGCCAUCGAGCGCAUGAUCGCCACCGUCGUGGAGCUUGGCGACGUCGGGCGCGGCCUGCGCAUGUGCUUCGAGAUCCUCGAGCUGAUGAAGCUGGACAUUGCAAACCACCAGCUCCGCACCGCGAGGCCCUACCUCGUGGACACGGCCGUCGAGUUCGAGACCCGCUGGUUCAAGGAGCAGAUCGACGCGGGCAAGCUGUCCAUCGAGCGCACAGCAACGUGGUUCGGCGCAGCGCUGCAGCGUACGGAGGCGUCAGCUUCUCCGAUGCCGCUGGCGACUGCUCGCACGGAGCACAUCUCGCGCGCAUUUGUCGACGGCUUCCUGCGCCUCAUCUUCGAGGCACCCGCGCCGCCGCUGUCCGGCGUUGCGCCCGCUCUGCCCGGCGCCAGCGGUGCCUCGUCCAGCACUGCCUCUGCGGCUGGUGUCUCGGGCCUGGGCGCCGGCGUCGCGCUUUCCAGCAGCUCGCUCAACCAUGCCUACACCUCGUUCUUUCCCGAGACGUUCCAGUUCGACGCCUACCGCCUCGUCACCUUCCACGCCGACACGACGGACAUCACGGUGAUGUACAUGCUGCUGCUGCUCUUCCGCCAGCUGGCGUGUUCGCCGCUCGUCGGCGGCGACGGCGUGUCGACGACGCUCUCGACGGCGCAGGUCGCGAGCAACGCCGCAGCGCUCGCACAGCGCCACGUCGACGCCAUCAAGGAGGAGAUCUGGUGCCUGCUGUGCGACGCGAACCUCAGCGUGUGCGCACCGGCUGCUGCGUCUCGCAGCAGCGCUGCGGCCGACGGCGUGCAGCCUCGCACACCGAGCACGCCAUCCGCACGCACAGCUGCCAUCGUUCUCGGCGGCGCCACCGGUGCGGCCAAGCUCGAGGAUGUUCGCUGGCGCACGGCCAUGUCCAGCGUGCUGCUCCAGGUUGCGGCACGCGCCGGCGCCAUCCAGCGCGCCGCCCGCAGCGCAACGUGCCUGGCCGCGAACGGCAGCAACUCUACGUUGCUGCCGACGGUCGGCGAUGCGCCACCCAGCGCACAAGUCCUCGCGCUCCUCACCUCCUGGCUCGACACGAACAUGCGUGCCGGCAGUGCGCUGCACAAGCUCUGCCAGCGCCGCUUCCGCGAGGUCGCAGCGCUCAUGCUUAGCGAGCGCCUCAAUGCUGCACCGCGCUCGCAACGCCGCCGAGCCACUCCCGGCGCUAGUAUCGCCGGCGUCGUGCGCAAGGAGGGCGAGCACCCGGAGGCGCUGCCCGAGGCCAAGCGCAUUCGCGGCGAGGAUGGCGAGGCCCUGACAUGCGAGCUCGUUGCCACGAAGUCUUCCGAGUCGGCAUCAUCCACCGCGACUGCGGCCACAAGCACGGCGAGCAGGGCCGAGCCUGAGCCACGCGCUGUCCGCCCGCCCGGCAGUGCGGCCCACAGUGCUGCACCUGCCCUGCCAACGCCGCCGGCCGAGUGGGAAGCCGCGCUGCGCAAGGCCGGACUCGAGCCCCUCGGCGCCGAGGUGCGCCUGCUCGCCGAGCGCAUGGCCAAGGUCGCCCUCUUCCACCUGCGCGUCAUGCGCCCCUUCUACGAACGCCUCGCCAGCGCCGACGCUGGCGCCGACGGUGCUGCUGCCGCCUCCGUCGCUGUCGUUCCCAACUCUUCGUCCUAGUCUCCGUCGGCCUCUAAUCGUUCCACCUGCCAGACCCUUACUUGCCCCCUCGCGAUGCCUGCCUUCAUUCAUUGUCACCCAGCACCACCGUUUCCUCAUUGUCUCUUCUCCGGGCCCCGCGCGCCGCAUCCUUCCACCUGCGUUUCCUCUGCCAUCAUCAUCUUGCUCUCGUCACUGGCUGCUGAGCCACACAUCUCCACGCUGCCGCUGUCUUCCUCCAUCUGUCCAUGCUACCUCUUCCUCAUCAGCGCGUCUUCCAAUGCGAUCAUGCUCCGUCUG